AUGGACCUGAAGUGGAAUCCUGGCAGAAUUCCUCAUCUGGCCUCAGCUGCAGUCUGGGUGACUGAUUUGAGUUGGCGAGGCAACCUAAAUCCCAGUCCGCUGAUUAAAGAUGACAGAGAACUACUUAUGGAUGAAUACCUUUCCCCCAGGAAACUGAAAGUUUUGACAGGGGUAGAUGACCUGCAGCAAGUGAAGGCCCUGGAGAUGCGAGUAGAUACAAGAGAAAAGAGCUUGGGGAACUUUGGUGCCUAUCUACCUAAUCUGAGAGAACUGAAGUUGAACAAUAGCUUGCUUGUGUCUGUGAGGGAUCUUGGAACCACGUUGUCCCACCUCCAUGUCCUAUGGAUGGCUUGCUGUGGGCUCUCAGAUUUAGAUGGGAUCUCUUCCUGCAGAUCUCUAAAAGAACUCUACAUAGCCUAUAACAACAUCUCGGACCUGAGCCAGCUGACCUGGUUGGAUCACCUUGAGGUUUUGGACCUGGAAGGGAACAAUAUUGAGGACAUCAACCAGAUGCAGUACCUGGGACUUUGUUGCAAGCUGAGCCGCCUGACGGUGGAGGGCAACCUUAUUUGUCUGAAGCCAAAUGCAGAAUCUGCAGAGGAACCAGAUUAUAAUUACAGAGCUGAAGUAAAAAAACUCAUUCCCCACUUGGAGUAUUUGGAUGAAAUACCAGCAAGGCAAACUGCUCUCCUUCCUUCCAAGAAGAUGCAUGAGGAUUGGCUAAUCAUCAAGGAAUCCAUCAAGGAAGGUGGUUUAGCUGGAGACAUUUCAUGGUUAGAUCCAUAUCUUGGGGCAAUAGCAAGGCAGUCUGGAUGCAGCCCAAGACCCCCGACAGCUUCCAGACCUGGAACCGCGCAGUGGUCUGCUAAUGCAGGGAGAUCUAGCAAUGCCCGUCUCUUGUACAGUGGCUGUCCUCUUCCAGAUCCCACUGUUUCUGAUGAGCUGUUCACAAAAGAUGACUCUAGUGAUUUGACACAUGGACUCAGUCAAGUUAUAUGUGGGAACCCCACCAAGGCCCUUCGUGCAAGGAGGCAAAAGCUAGGUUCACCUGCAGUGAGCCCUUUGAAAGUAUGCGGUCUGAGGACAGAAAACUUUUACGGCUCUGGAGGAGCAGGAGACCUGCACCAGGAAGAUGUGUUCUCUGAACUGAGAAUAUGGAGAGAGCAGCACAAGUGCCUGCAAACAGGUCAGCAAGAAAAAGCCAUCCAAGCACUGAAGGUAACUCUUAGUGGUGAGGAAGAGGGUGAAGACUGCAGCCUGAUUGACAGCUGUGAAGAUGAGUUGAGGGAGACCUGUGAUGAGGACCUCAUUGAAAGGAUUUCACUUGAUUUUUCUUGCCAGUCCUGUCUCUCCCAGUCUUCCUCAGGUUCAUCACAGGCUCAGGAAGGUGCAGUGUUCCCCAACCUGAACCACUGUCUAAUUCCGUCCCCUCCAAAAAGCCCUUCACCUGCAUCUGUAACGGGUGUUGCAGCAAGACACUGGAAAAUGAGGAACCACAGGGUAAGAUGCCUAAAAGUACCCAGCCAAGAGGAGGAGAGGCAGUGGACACAGCGAUGCCAGUCAAGGACUCAUCAAGAAACUUCAGCCCAGUCUCUGGGCAAAGAACUUGCUCUCCUGAGCCAGCAUGGCAUGCCGGGUGCCUCCAGAUCCCAAGGGCAGGGCCAGCCUGCUGGGAGCACCGGCUGGCGAAGACCUAUUUCAGGACCAGCAGCUGUUGGAUCAACAAGCAUCAGGCCCAUCAUGAAUGAGAGCUGUCUUGGAGAGAUCAACCACCACCAGCCAGCUGUCUGCUCAUUGGCAAAAGCCUCGGAGAGGUUUGGGCUGAUGAACACUGCUUGGCCCCUGACUGCCAGGGCCAUAUUGCAGUCCUUGCCAGACAGACCCACUGCCUUAACAACGUCUCGGAACAAAAGUCCCCAGUCCUAG